AUGCCCUCGGUCCGCCGCUGGGCGCGCCGACUCGAGCGCUCGUGCUGCGCCUGCGCCAAGUACCUCCCGCUCGUUUUCGUCUACGGCCUGACCACCUGGGCCGUCUACGUGCUGGUCACUCUCUGCUCUACCCCGUCCAAGGUGUCAUGGCUAGACACACCCGCGGCCACCGCUGGCGUCGUCCUCUACCUCCUUCUCAACUGGUGCUACACUACUGCCGUCUUCACCCCCCCCGGCAGCACUACCAAUGAGCAUGGCUACAGCACGCUCCCGACCCACAACGCCCCGAACAUUACCUCCCUCACCGUCAAGUCCAACGGCGAGCUGCGCUUCUGCAAGAAGUGCCAGGCUCGCAAGCCCGACCGCGCUCACCACUGCUCCACCUGUCGCCGCUGCGUGCUCAAGAUGGACCACCACUGCCCCUGGCUGGCCACCUGCGUUGGUCUGCGCAACCACAAGGCCUUCCUCCUCUUCCUCAUUUACACCACCCUCUUCUGCUUCUACUGCUUUGCCGCCGCGGGUUCCUGGGUAUGGGAGGAGAUCUUAGACACCACCGCUACCACAGUCGAUACCUUGAUGCCUGUCAACUACAUCAUACUAGCCAUCGUCUCCGGUAUCAUUGGCAUCGUGAUCGGCGCCUUCUGCAGCUGGCAUAUCUACCUGGCUUCCAAGGGUCAGACUACCAUCGAGUGCCUAGAAAAGACCCGCUACCUCUCCCCACUACGCCGAAGUAUGCAUCAGACCUACAUCAACCAGCACACCCCCGGUCGGGGCGUGCCCCUGCCCUCGUACGGCCAACAGCUCCUCGACAUUCACCAGAACGCCCUUCCAGGCAUUACCCGCCCGGAGGAGGGGGAAGAACUUCGCCCCGAGCCCGCCCACUCACCUCGCUUCAACAGCAACGGCAGCAGCAGCAACAACAACAACAACAACCGUGACCUUGAGUCCGGCACAAGAUCAAGAAACCCCGAAUUGCAGGCUGGCUCCCGGCGCUUCACCCCCAACGAGAUGGAGCGCUACCGUGCGCGCAAGCGCUACGAGGAGUACCUCGACGAGCAGGACUCGGCCAAGUUGCCCAAUGCGUUCGACCUGGGGCCCAAGCGCAACCUGCUGCAUCUGUUCGGGCCCAGUCCCUGGUUGUGGCUUCUCCCGGUGUGUAACACGACCGGCGAUGGCUGGAGCUGGGAACCGAAUCCGCGGUGGUUGGAUGCGAGGGAGAAGCUGGCACGGGAGCGCGCCGAACAGGCAGCUAGGGAACGGGCCGCGGGCUGGGGUCCCGCCGACGAUGACGAUGAAGACGAAGGGGAAAGUGAUGGCCUUCUUCGCAUUCCCGGUGGCGCCGGGCGGCAUUAUCUCCAGCCUCAGCCGCGACCCCAAUCUCACCUACUUCAAGCGCAGCAAUCACGACAGACCGGCGGAGGAAACAGCCCCCUCAGCAAGACCCCCUCACCCCUUCCCUCUCCCGGCGCACGCAAGACACCCAGUAAAGCGGACCGCAUCCUCGGCCGCGACCCGAACCUGUACGCCGACGAUGAUAGCCACUACAUGAACGGCAACAGCAACAGCAACACGCCGCUUCUUCCUCCCGGCCAGGGGGAGGCCGUCUCUCUCAAGCGGCUGAGCCCCGCCACCGGGAGGACGAUCGAGGACGAGCUGGACGACAUUGACCGGGAUGAUGUCCAUUCCGAUGAUGCGUAUUUCCUCUCCGACGGCGACAGGAUAAUCGACGAGAACCAGCGCCAGCCUAAUGGCGUCGGGACGCAGCAGCAGCAGCAGCAGCAACAGCAACAACAGAGAGCCGAGGCAGAAAGAAGGGCCCUCAAUGUCGUGACCAACGGCCGCUGGGGGACUCGAGCAGCCAGCGGUGCUGGCCCGGGCGUGGGCGCGAGCACCCUGUUGAGAGGGCCGGCGUCGCCCGCCUUGCGGGUAGCCGGUGGUUCCGACGCGGAUAGGACCAGGAGCAGCAGUGGUGGUAAUAGUAAUGACAACGAUGUUGACGACGGGGUUGAUUAA